GAUCUUGAACCUCUCCUGAACGAUAAGAGAAAUCCAAAAUCCUCUCACCACACCCAAUCGUUCACCCUUUGUACUUCACGUCCACAUCUUUCGUCUCUCUCCUUUCACCAAAUACUAUCAAACCUCUUCUUUCGCACUCGUUUUUUCUUCACACUCACUCAAAUCAAACACUCUCUUUCUCUCUCUGCAAUGGCCUCAGCCGCAGCCCCCACCACUUUCUCUCUGCUCCACUCCGCCACCUCCACCUCGUCUUCCUCGCGCGUGAAGCUCUCCUCCUCCCUCCGCGUCCGCCCGCUCACGCGCCACCUGGGGUUCAGGGUGGCCGACCCGCUGCUGGCAGCGAAUGUGGCGGCGCGGGUGGCCGCGGUGAGGGUCGGGAGGGGCAGGAGAGGGGUGGUGUCGAUGGCUAAGAAAAGCGUGGGCGACCUGACUACUGCGGACUUGAAAGGAAAGAAGGUGUUCGUGAGGGCUGACCUCAACGUCCCGCUCGACGACAACCAGAACAUCACUGACGACACCAGAAUCCGAGCCGCCAUUCCCACCAUCAAAUACCUCGUUGAAAACGGCGCCAAAGUCAUCCUCUCUAGCCACUUGGGGCGACCGAAGGGUGUCACUCCCAAAUACAGCUUGGCUCCUCUUGUAUCUCGGAUUUCUGAACUCCUUGGUUUCCCGGUUGUCAAGGCUGAGGAUAGUAUUGGUCCAGAAGUGGAAAAGUUGGUGGCUUCUCUUCCAGAAGGAGGUGUUCUUCUUCUAGAAAAUGUGAGGUUUUACAAGGAGGAAGAAAAGAAUGAUCCUGAGCAUGCAAAAAAGCUUGCCUCUCUAGCAGAUCUGUUUGUGAAUGAUGCAUUUGGUACUGCUCAUAGGGCACAUGCAUCAACAGAGGGGGUUACUAAAUACUUGAAACCAUCUGUUGCUGGUUUUCUUUUGCAAAAGGAACUUGAUUACCUUGUUGGGGCAGUAUCAAGCCCAAAAAGACCAUUUGCUGCCAUUGUUGGUGGUUCCAAGGUCUCAUCUAAAAUUGGAGUGAUUGAGUCACUUUUAGAAAAGGUUGAUAUCCUUCUUCUUGGUGGAGGAAUGAUCUUCACAUUUUACAAGGCACAAGGUCUUUCAGUGGGUUCUUCCCUUGUAGAGGAAGAUAAAUUGGAUCUUGCUACAUCACUACUUGCAAAAGCCAAGGAAAAGGGGGUGUCUCUCUUGUUACCAAGUGAUGUGGUGAUUGCGGACAAAUUUGCUCCCGAUGCAAAUAGCAAGGUCGUGCCAGCAUCUGCCAUCCCUGAUGGCUGGAUGGGAUUGGAUAUUGGUCCAGAUUCUGUUAAAUCAUUCAGUGAAGCAUUGGGUACAACCAAAACCAUCAUAUGGAAUGGACCAAUGGGAGUGUUUGAAUUUGACAAGUUUGCUGUUGGUACAGAGGCUAUUGCCAAGAAGCUAGCUGACCUCAGUCAAAAUGGAGUCACCACGAUUAUUGGAGGAGGUGAUUCUGUUGCAGCUGUAGAGAAAGUUGGAGUUGCCAAUGUCAUGAGCCACAUAUCUACUGGUGGUGGUGCCAGUUUGGAGUUAUUGGAAGGCAAAGAGCUUCCUGGAGUCCUUGCUCUUGAUGAAGCCACACCAGUCCCUGUGUAAGACAAUUUUCAGCUUGGAAAAUUUUCCCAUCCUGAGUUGUCAGUCUUGUGAAAGAGCAUGUGUUUUAGGACCGAUCCGAGUCUGUUAGUGUAAAUUUAAUCAUGCUUGAGUUAUUGACUUCACUCAUAAAUUGCGUGUAACUGUAAACACUGGCUGAGAGCCAUAAAUUCAAAUAAAUCCUUGAGUUGCUGCCAGAAGCAUUUUGCA